CCCCUGAUCCUUGGGCCGUUACGCAUUCCCUAAGCAAGCCAAGCGAUUCAGCCUGUCAAGUCAUACUCAGCUAGCUCUCCACUACAUGUGCACUACACAUCUACUCUUUCAACUUUCUUGCUUCUUAAUUUGUCACUUUGACACCUAGUUUAGUUGUGUUGUUACCCCUCGAGUUAGAGUGCCGAGUGCCGGUUUUCACAUCUUGCCCCAGGUUCGGCUUGAAUUUCCAUCGUGACAGUGAAUAUUUUAAUCUUGACAUCUUUUUUCCUCCUACAUUGCCUCCAAGGUUGUCGAUUACCCAACAUAGGUUUUUCGGCAGGAACACAGUGAGCCCCAGCAGUUGUGUUCAAUAUAACCAACCUCGGAUCGAAACUUCUCACCUGCCUGUCGAAGUUGCUACAUUUCGAUCUACCCGCCCCCCCAUACCUUAUAUCAGAAGUGUGGGAAGUGACAGUUAAAUGGCUGUUUCUCAAUAAUGUUCCUGCAUUCCGGGGCAAGCUUACACGGUCAUGAGUAUUCUAACCGACCUAUUCCUCAACCCGGCCAUGUUCAACGACGCAAUCCACUCUUGCGCUCUGCUUUCGCAACACCUAUAAAUCGAACAUCUACCUACCGUACUAGCUCCGAGAUUUCUCCUAAUGAACCUAACCUACCCAAGCUACAGCAAAUUAGACCUCGCUCUGAAAUCAUUCCUAAAGGUCGUGACCCAGUUGUCAAGUUCCAAGAGCCUAGAUGCAAUUCGACAACAGCAGAGCCCGAAGCGAUGAGCGAGGAUGAGGGCUCCAUUGCUUCCGAUAGUGGCGCAAGCGGUGGAUCAUUUUCCGCUCGUCGCACUCGACGAAGAGCACCCCGGAAAAGCACGGGAUUCGUCCUUGCUCACCCACCUCCGAAGUUGCGCACCAAACAACGUUUAAUCCAUAUACGCCCCCAAUUACUACUUCAAGUGCAGCAGUUAUCUGCUACCAAACGUCCGAGGCCUGCGAUCGACGUGUAUCCAUCAUCUGCCAUAGCUAGGUCUUUGAUUGCGCCACUGUUGAAACGCUUCCCACGAAUUGCUCGCAUCAAAAGGGAGCUGGGUAUUCAGGAUGUCAUGUUGGUGAAGAGCGAGGACUAUUCUUCGCAAGCAUCUGGUUCGGAAAGUGAUGGUGACGAAGAUGGCCUCAAGUCGCGCGAACUCCUCGCGAUAUUGAGCCCUUUGGUGACGGAAGAUAAGGCUGAAAUAGUACUGGCUGAUGGCACCGUCUGGGUUGCAACUCCAAAAUUCAACGGCACUACUUUAUCUUCCUACGAGUUCAUAUCGGCCGAUUCAAAUGGGAGCAUCACUACGGCUCGGUGGGUUCGCAAGCAAAUUACUUCCAAGUCGUUACCACCUACGCCAAUUUCGCCCAGUCCUCCACCGCUGGUGUCAUCAGCAGCCGAUUCUAAGUUUACUUUCAGCAUUAUCGAUCCGAAUUGCCGAAGGCAUCCCAUAAUGGCCACCCUGACAAAUUCAUCCCUUGAUAUACUCGACACCUACACCACUGUUUCUCAAUCCGCUAGCCUUUAUCCCCCAACCUCACCUUUAUUAUCCAAUCCUACUUCUCCUACUAGCAAGGAGCACCCACUUGAACGUACCACCCAACAAGUUGAGGAUUGGCAAAAGACAUUCAUCGCCGUGUCGGCCGUUUGGGUCGUCCUUCGUCAUGGAUGGUCUCCAAAUUGCAAACCUGCGGAUUUCAUCCCCUCCAAUAUCCCAGUUUCCGCUUCUCCAUCUGACGCAACCACAGCAGCUCGUAAUAGGUCGCUGAGUGUCAAUUCAGAAACACGUUCGAAAGGUAGCAUUCAUGAGCCUAUUUGCCAUCGGAAAUCGUCAGCUGUAUCUCGAAUGGGCGACCGCAACAUUACGGAUAUACUCCCUAGGAGGGCAACGUCUACUGGGGCGGCUUUUAUGCAAAAGCUCAAUUCUACGCAGCCAGGAGGUAUUGAUCAAACAGCUCAACAAGGACUUAAGAAAAGCAAGCGCACGUUCAGCGGUGACUGGGAGAUUAACAUUGCAAACCGAAACAAAGAGUUUUCCUUGACGGCCGUUUUGGACCCAUCAUCGAAAUCUCCCACCAAUGACCUUUUCUCACAAAGCAACUCCUCAUCAGCUGCCCAAUCCCCUUUAUCCACCGGAAGGCGUGCGCUGUCAACGUACUAUUCGGUCGACCCUCUUCCCAUCAAAAUCGGCGAAGGUGAACUUACUGAAAGCCCGGAUGUCAUCCAGCGCGAAUCCUACUUUCCGGAUACGAGGCAAGAGGCGCAAGUGGAGGACCAGACUCGCAAGGUUAAACACCAGAAAUGGAGGAACAUGGCAAAUUGGUUCCGAAAGCUGCAAGGGCGGUAGGACUGUCAGUCAUGCCUAUGCUAAGUAGCAGGGCAAAUCAUUAAGUCACGCAGCUUGGGCUAUUUUGCGCCUGGUCAGGGUUGGGGCGGCUUGU